AACGCGUAUGGCAAGCUUUCAGACGUCCCACCUAUUUUGUUGGCAAAGACCUUGAGGGGAAUAAAUUCUUUGAGUAUCCCGCGAAUGCAGACACUUCAAUGACCACGAGAACGAAGAGGAAGGUGGUUUACAGGGAUGGGUCGGACAUGUGGACGUAUAUAGGUGGACAGAGAAGACUACCAAUCCAAUGGUCUGCAUGGCUGUCACAUACGCGGCCUGAUCCUCCGUCAAUUGAGGAACUCGAAGCCGAUAUUAUCCGCCAACAACGCGUUCUACACAAUGCCAGAGUUAUUGAAGCUCGGAUAGCCCAGGAACGCGUCCAAGCACAGCUCGCAGCCAUGCCCCAGCCCAAACCUCAACUGCUACUCUCGGAGGAAAGAAACACGCCCGUUUCUUCUCAACCAACACCUUCUGUGCAGGUGGGCCUCUCCCAACAAUCACCCACACCAGAGCCUACCGCGCAAGCCAACGCUGUCGAAGAGCCCUAUGUCCCGGAAGCGCCUCCACAGCAGCUUAGCUACGCCACACCGAAAAGAUCAGGACUGCCGAAGACCGGCAAAGAUCAAGACUGGCAACCUCAAUCAUGGCAGCCCGCUCCUGCACGGAAACGCACUUGAUACUGUAGAUGAGUGGGUU